GGGAGAUGGUCUCGAUCUCCACGCCCAUCGCGGUCCCACUGGCCCCGCCUCCGAGGGUCCCCGCUGUUUCCCCGACCCCGGCUCGGCUCCGGCCCUGGCCCGCUGGCGCUCCGGCUCGCCACCCCGCCGCCACUGCAGAGUCGGAGGAGAUAACCUUUAUCAGAAAGGAUGGAGUUGGGAAGAGGAAAACUUCUCAGGACUGGACUGAAUGCGUUGUAUCAAGCAAUACACCCAAUUCACGGCCUUGCCUGGACUGAUGGGAAUCAGGUAGUCCUGACCGAUUUACACCUUCACGGUGGAGAGGCCAAGUUUGGGGACUCAGCGGUCAUUGGACAAUUUGAACAUGUGUAUCGGGUGUCCUGGGCCCCACCUGGUACAGCUGACACACCUGCUCUGCUCGCUGUCCAGCACAAGAAGCAUGUCAUUGUGUGGCAGCUGUGUCCUAGCACUACGGAGACAAGCAAAUGGCUGAUGUCUCAGACGUGUGAGAUUAGACAGUCACUCCCUGUCCUUCCCCAGGGCUGUGUGUGGCACCCAAAAAGUGCUGUCCUGACUGUAUUGACUGCACAGGAUGUCUCCGUUUUCCAUAAUGUUCACUGGGACAGUUCCCAGGUCAAAGUGGACAUCAGCACCCAAGGCCUCAUUCACUGUGCAUGUUGGACCCCGGAUGGCCAGAGGCUGGUGGUGGCAGUAGGCAGCAGCGUGCAUUCUUAUAUUUGGGACAGUGCUCAGAAGACUAUUCACAGGUGCUCCUUCUGCCCAGUGUUUGAUGUGGCCAGCUACGUGCGCUCAAUCGGAGCCACUGUGGACUCACAGGUCGCUAUAGCCACUGAGCUUCCACUAGAUAAGAUUUGUGGCUUAAAUGCAUCUGGAACCUUUGAUGUUCCCCCUAGUAGUGAAGGCACUUGUCUGUAUACUUUACCAGUUAUUGACGAAGUUUCCUCUGAAACAAAUUCUGAAACACCAGUUUCUCCCUUUUCUUCAUCCUUUUCUGAUCCUCUGGAUCUAACUCAUAUACACUUUGAUGGAUCUAAAUCUGAGGAUAGUUCUCUUAUUUGUCUAAGAAAAAAGGACUACUUGACAGGAACUGGCCUGGAUUCUUCACACUUGGUCCUCUUGACCUUUGAGAAGGAGGUUACCCAGAACAGAAAAGUCACCAUCCCGGGCAUUCUGGUUCCUGAUCUAAUGGCGUUUAAUCUUAAAGCACAGGUAGUCGCAGUGGCUUCCAAUACGUGUAAUAUAAUUUUUAUCUAUUCUGUCGUUCCAUCAUUUAUGCCAAACAUCCAGCAAAUUCAGUUAGAGAGUAAUGAAAGACCAAAAGGCAUAUGUUUCUUGACAGAUAAAUUAUUGUUAAUUUUGAUAGGAAAACAGAAAUCCACUGAUUCGGCAUUUCUUCUUUCUUCAAAGUCUGAUCAGUAUAUGAUUCGUUUGAUUGUUAGAGAAGUUAUGUUGGAAGAAGACUCUCCAGUGACACCGAGUGAAAACCAGAGUGGUCACUCUGCUUUCAGUAAUCUGUUAAAUAAAGCAAAUAGAAAAAAGCUAAUUGAAAGUCUUUCUCCAGAUUUUUGUCACCAAAACGGAGGGAUCUUGUUAACAGCUAAUAGCAGCAGUCAAAGUGGAAGGCCUGGAAGAACACUUAUUCAAGAAAUCAGAAGUCCUCCAUCCAGUAUCUGUGAUGGCUCCACAGCCCUAGAAACUCUAGAUGCCGGGCCUGUUAACCAGUCGGUAACACUGCCCGGACCCAGCGGCACACCAGACCACAACAGUACCGCGGGACCUUCUAACUUACAAGUGGAAAAUGAAAAUUAUCAGCUAUCUAAGAUACUGGAAAUUUUAUCUAGGAACCUGAUUGAAGUGCAGCAGCGUCUUUCUGAACUCACAGACUUUCUACAUAAUGGAAAGAAAUCCUCUCCAGUGUAUCCACUCUCUCAGAAUGUGCCUUACGUUCACAUCACUUGCCAGAAAUCUUAUUUUUUAGGUCCUGUUGUAGAAAAAAGAGCCGUGCUUCUCUGCAAUGGCAAGCUAAGACUCAGUGCAGUCCAGCAGACUUUUGGCCUCUCUCUUAUUGAAAUGCUACAUGACUCCCACUGGAUCCUUCUCUGUGCUGAUAGCGAAGGCUUCAUCCCCUUAACUUUCACAGCCACACAGGAAAUAGUCAUAAGAGAUGGUAGGUCAAAUGACUUUAGGGGCCCUGUCUCUUGAAGUCUUUUAGAGACAUACUGCCCAAAGCGUAGAUGCCACCGGCUGUUCUAACCAUUUUGGCAGUAUAGUCUGAUACUUGUUUGUAGAAUAUUUGCUGCACAGCCUUUCAGAUGAGGUUUUUACAAGCAAGAUCUGUUUUCUGACGCUCCCCAGCUAGGAUUUGUACUGUCGCUGGGAGGUGAAGAACUUGCCAUGGCUAGCUCGGCCACCUCUCCCCGCAGGCUGACAUUGCCUACUCUCAGCAGAGCCCAGUCUUUGGUAGAUGGCUCAGAAAGUGGUUAUUUAUGUAUUCAUUACUGUGUGGUUUUGUCUAAGGGCAGAAUUCCCGGUGCAAAGCGAUUUUUAUGGUGCCAUGUGGAUUGUGUUUUAUGGUUUCUCUGAGGUUUUUUUGUCCCUUACCCAAAACAAUGUUAAAGCCCUUAGAAGCACUUAAAAGGUACCUCAGCAUUGUUAUAAAUCUUUUUCUUGGCUUAAAGUUGAGUGUGAGGAGUGCUGGAGAACAUCUGCUGCAGCCUAUCUUUUUACGCCAAACGAGCAGGAAUCAGCAGAGCUCAAAGGAAGACAAAAAAUCGAUUGACUUCUGCUCCCAGGGCUACCUAGAACAGAAAGUAGUUCUCAUGUUGGCUGGACCUCCCAGGAUAUAAACCUAACCCUCUCACUUCCCUAGAAAAUUCUGGCUGACAUAGUUCCAGGUACUCCUAAAAACUGUCCCUGGGCGAAUUUCAAAUGAAAUUUCAAGUGCUUUGACUCCCUCUGGACCCCACUUGAGUGUGUCCUGAUGUUACUAGUAUAAUGCUAAGCAUAGGUGAGGCCUACAGCAUGAUUUGUGCUGUUGCCACUCAUGAUUUUCUCCCUGAUAGGUUACCCACCCCCCAUUGUUGGGAUCAUAAAAAUGUCCUAUUUUUUUCCCAGUAAUCAACUCCCUUAAAUUGUCACUUUAAUUUUGAUAUUUUUCUUCCCCUCACCUCCCGGAUUCAAGUCUUAGAGACCAGCAUAGAAUCUGCGAGAGAAAGUAUUUCAAAAAGUUGGAGGUUUCACUGAAUCUGAGAUAGUUUAUUAUAAUUAUGGGCUAAAGCACCAGCUUAGCAUAGUGGAAAGAGCCCUGAUUCCAGCUUCAGAUAGAUUCACCUUUUCUCACUGCCUUCAGACAGUCAUAAGCUUCAGUCACUGCAGCAUAACGAACGGAUCAGUGUGUAGCUGGUCAGAGCACAUCUGCAGAUAAAUUGUUUCAGCCAUAGGAGCUCAGAUGCAUAAGAGCUCAAGUGCGUCUUUUUCACCCUUUCUUUUAAAAUCAUGGAAAGAAAUAUUUUGUACCCUUGAGGACUCCUGUUGGUCUGUUACAGUUUAUGAAGGUGGAGCUGGGAUAGGGAAGAAGCGAGGGCCCACUUUGUGAUUGAAAUGCGUUAGAGGAGCUGCUGGGAUAAUGAAGUGGAGCCCCUGGAACCAGUCGCCUGAGAGCAUUGGCUGAGGACAGUCUGAGGCCUGCUUCCAUUUUUAAAGAAAGUGUCCAGGUGGGGUGAAAGCACAGAACUGUGAAGCCUCAAGAGGGGGUCUGGGGUACCCCAUAGUAAGAUCAGUGUAGGUCCCUCACUCAAGGUGUAUGUUAUACUCAUUUCGCUGGUCAGAAUCCUGUGAAUGAGUCUUCAAUAAAAUCACUAAUGGUUGUUGUGGCUUCUGUGAAUGUUUUGAUGGUGUUUGCUUUGUGAUUGUUGCUGGUAUAAAGGAAUGUUCUUGAUUUUACACAUGUGUAUGUUGUCUUUGUAUUUCUUCUGGUGGACAGUCGAGAACAUAAAUUUUUUCUUUCUGGCAAAUCUGAUUCCGUGACAACUCUCAAACAUAAGAUGUUUCCUUGGCCUUUACUAUUUAUAAUCAUUGGAAUCAUAGAAGAUAAUCCAGUAUUUGUUGGUUUGGGGAGAGAGGGAAACAGGGAGAGAAGAGCUAAAUUCUUUAAAUUAUUGUUUAAUGUUACAUUGAGAAUAUUUUGCAUAAAGACAUUAUUUAUAAAUUCUAUUUUGGGCCCACAUUUUAAAAAAUCUUGUACGGUAUUAUUUGAUAAAUGCAAUAGAUGUAAGGUGUAGGAAGUCUUAAUAAUAAAGUGAACCACCUACCACCUAAUUUAAGAACCAGAACGUUACUAGGAACCAUUCAAACUCCCUGUGUAUCCCUCCUGGAUCCUUCUUCAUAGAGGUGACUCCACCCGAGAGGUGACUGAUCUCUAGAUUGUUGUAAAUUAUCAUUUCUUCAUUUCUUUUCUUUUUAUUUUUUAUUCUUAAUUUUAUUUUAUUUUAUUUUGGCCCCGCCGUGCAGCUUGCGGGAUCUUAGUUCCCUGACCACGGAUUGAACCCAGGCCACCUCAAUGAAAGCGCCAAGUCCUAACCAUUAAACCACCAGGGAAUUCCCUCUUUCUUUUUAAAAAGGAGUUUCACCAUGAUCACAUAUACACAUUGGCCUAGAUAAUGUAAUGUUUUUGAGCUUUAUACAAUGGUAUUUUAUUGUAUGUGCUCUUCUGCAACCUGCUUUUUUUUCACUCAGUAUUGUUUCUAAGGUUCAUACUUGUUAUGUGUAUGUUCUAUUGCUUUCAUUGUUUUAAGUUACCACAAUUUAUCCAUUUUCUUGCUGUGCACAUUUGGAUUGUUCCCUGGUUCUAUUUUUGCAUUAUAAACAAUAUUGCUUUGAAUAUUCUUAUUAAAUGUCUCCUGAUGCAGGUGUUUGAAAAGUCCCUCUAGGGCCUUUUAUCUACACGUGGAAUUGCUGGAGCACAGGGUGUAUGUAAAUUCAAGUUAUUUUCCAAGGUGAUUAUAUCAGUCUUCAUUCCCAACAGCUCCUAUUGCUCUAAGGCUCAAGGGUUCUUAAUUUAUGACCCUCCAAUAGUUAUAAAUGGUUUCUCCUUUAACCUGAUUUUUACUUCUGGACCAACAGUGAAAUUGAGCAUCUUUCAUGUGUUUAUUGGCCAUUCCAGUUUUCUCUUUUGCAAAAUGCCUGUUCUUGUCUUUUGCCCAAAUUUCUAUUGGGUUGUCUUUUUCUUGUCGAGUUGUAAGGAUUCUCUUCUUUUUUUAAAUUGAAGUAUGGUUGAUUUACAAUAUUAUGUUACCAAGUUGUAGGGAUUCUUUAUAUAUUCUAGAUGUUGUUUAGUAUGUGGCUAGUAUCUUCACCCAGUUUGUGACUUGUCUUUUCUCU